UCAAAAGGUGAGGCGCAUGGGAAUUAGAUCUAGCUACCAUCUUAUAAAUUCUAUCCUCUAUUAACUCUAGAUCUAUUAUACAAAUGAGUCCACUAAAGCCGUUUGCUAUAAAUUGUCAAAGUCCAAGUGGAAAAAAUGAGUAGAAAGUUGACCAUCUUACAAUGCAGAAAUAACCAUUUGUUUAAUGGCGUCUUUGAACAAAAUAACCAGGUGCCGGCCUCGUGUAUUGCCCAAAUAUGUUCCAAUCACUACGUACUGGCAGAGAAAACAGUGCAAGAAUCUGAAUUUGCCCUUUAUAAAGAAACUAAGAAUGAGGAAACCAUCUCGGCCAAUCCUAGUAAGAGCAUCAGUGCCGAAACUCUUGAGGACAACCCACGGUGACGGGAAUUGUUUGUUUCGCUGCUUCUCAUUGGUUGUCACAGGGACAGAAUCGUACCACGAUUUGUUGAGAAAAGCAAUCACAGAUCACCUACAAAAUAAUGGGGAGAAAUUUUCUGCCAUAAUGGCUGACGGCCCGGACCAGUAUUUGUCCCAAAGUAAAAUGACCCAUACCAAAACUUGGGGUUCCGAUGUUGAGAUCCUGGCAGCCGCCCACCUUCUAAACACCAAAAUUUUCGUGUAUACCAAGCACGGUCCUACCUGGCAAUGGGUGGAGCAUGACCUGGAGUUGACCUCACCAAACACAAGGACCCACCGACAUGCUAUCUACCUAAAACACACCCAGCUGGUGCAUUACGAUGUGGUAGUGAGUGUGAAGAAGAUCCCGCUGACCGGGCCGCAAAAAUAUAAGACGUCGGCAUUGCGGCGAGCGAAACUCAGACGCCGAUGCACAAGAGCGAGAGGUAGAGGAAGAUUCUACUACAAGAGGAAGUGUAAAACAGCAACAUCUCGGCGAUUCAUGAAAAGAAAAAGGAAACGAAGCUAUAGGUUGAAAUCCUAGCCUUAGACCUCACUGGCCCAGAAAGUUUAAAACUGAGACUAGUUUUGACAACACAAACUUGGAAGAAAAUAAAAUACGACUUGGACAAAACAAUAAAUGUCAUCGGAAAGCUGAGAAGGCUGCUUGGUCGGUCUCCUGCUCGAUUUGAGACUUAAUCAUGUAGGUUGACUAACACACACAAAUAUUUUACGUAGGUCUAAGUGGAUCUAGAUUAAACUUACAAAAAUCA